AUGAAGGAUGUUGGUCUUUGGACAAUUUUCAAAGUUGAUUUGAAUCACUCACAUCCUUGUUGUCCAGACCAGGCUGAUAUGCUCAAACAACACAGGGAGCUUAGCAUGUUUGUGCGUCGCACCAUUGAAACCCACGAGGAAGCCGAAAUCAGAUCGAGCAAAACUUACCAAUCAUUUAUCGCAGCAGCUGGUAGCCACCGUGAACUAGGUUUUAUUGAAAAAAAUGUCAGGAAUUAUAUCACAAGGAAAGUAUGGAAUAUUUUCGAAGAAGAUGAUGCCAAAGAAUUUGGGAAGUACCUAGCUGAUGCAAGAAACAGGGCUGCAUUUGAGUAUUUUGGAGACGUGGUUUCAUUUGAAAUCACGUAUAACACAAACAGGUACAAUUUUGUUUUAGGUUCUUUUGUGGGCAUGAAUCACCACGGACAGUCGACACUUCUCGGAUGCACACUAAUGAAAAAUGAGGACAUCAAAUCAUUCAAAUGGCUAUUUGAGUAUUGGCUACGUUGUAUGGGAGGGAAGCCACCAAAAGGUAUUCUUACUGAUCAAUGCACAUCGAUUCAAAUCACAAUUGAGCUGUGCAUGCCAACAACAAUUUACCGCUGGUGCAUCUGGCACAUUAUGAAGAAGAUCCCAAGCAAAUUAAACGGCUACAAGGGACACAACAAAAUUGAACAAGAGAUGAGCCAUGUUGUUUGGAACUCGUACACAAAAGAAGCAUUUGACAGAAACUGGAUCGAUUUCCUCAGAAAGUACGGCCUCGGAGGCAACAAGUGGCUUUUAGGUAAUUGA